AUGUCCAACCUUUCGGCUGACGAGAAAUACAACUUGAUUACCCGCAACUUGCAGGAAGUCCUUGGUGGCGAUGAAAUCAAAAAGGUGCUUGCCGAGCGUGAUCUCAAGUUGUACUGGGGCAGUGCUCCCACCGGUCGUCCUCAUGUUGGUUACUUUGUCCCAAUGACCAAGAUUGCUGACUUUUUGGCUGCUGGUUGUGAGGUCAAGAUCUUGUUUGCCGAUUUGCACGCUUUCCUUGACAACAUGAAGGCUCCUCUCGAGUUGGUGGCUCACCGUGUCAAAUACUAUGAAGCUAUUGUCAAGGCCGUGCUUCGUUCCAUUGGUGUUCCUCUCGAGAAGCUUGAAUUCGUGAUUGGUUCCAGCUAUGAACUUUCCAAGGAGUACACCAUGGAUAACUUCAAGUUGGCCGCAUGCAUCACUGAACACGAUGCCAAAAAGGCUGGUGCUGAAGUCGUCAAGCAAGUCGCCUCGCCCCUCUUGUCUGGUUUGUUGUAUCCUGGCAUGCAAGCAUUGGAUGAGGAAUACCUUGGCGUCGACUGUCAAUUCGGUGGUGUGGAUCAACGCAAGAUUUUCGUCCUUGCCGAAAAGUACCUUCCUCAAAUUGGCUACAAGAAGCGCUCCCAUUUGAUGAACCCUAUGGUGCCUGGUUUGACUGGUUCCAAGAUGUCGGCUUCCGAUCCCGAUUCCAAGAUUGACUUUUUGGAUGAUGCAAAGGCUAUUCAAAAGAAGAUCAAAAAGGCAUUCUGUGAGGAAGGCAACAUCACUGAAAACGGUCUCCUUUCCUUCAUCAAGGCUGUGUACUUCCCUCUCAAGAGUCUCAACAACGGCAAGCCCACUUUUGUCUGCCCUCGUCCUGAAAAGUGGGGUGGCGAUAUCAUUUACGACAGCUAUGAAAAGCUUGAGGAGGACUUUGCCAACAAGCAAUUGCAUCCUGGUGAUCUUAAGGCUGGUGUGAUUGCUGCUAUCAACGAACUCUUGGAUCCUAUUCGCAAGGAGUUUGAAGACCCUGAACUUCAAAAGAUCGCUGCAUUGGCCUAUCCACCCCCUGAGGCUAAGCCUGUCAAGGAAAAGAAGAAGAAGGAAAAGAAGAGCAAGAAGCCCGAAGGUGAAAUUGAAAAGCCUGCUGCUGAAGCUACCAAGCCUGAGGAAGAAGCUGCCAAGGCCCAGUAA